AUGUCCGACCUCACCCUCACAGCUGGAGUCGAAUGCACCUGUGACGACGGCAUGAUGGCCGGUAUUGGUACCAGCACUGGCACUGAUGGCUGGAACACUCUCACUUGUGAAAACGAGGAAAUGACUCCGGUCUCCACUGUCACGGCACCUAUGGGUCCCAGUCCCACGGAUGUAGAGUGGUGCCACCCCCCUCUCGACCAGAGCGACCCAAAGGCGCUAGUUGCACUAUGGGAGGACAAAAACGUCUCCGGCGUCCUCGAUUACUGGACGAGAGAAGAGUCAGAGAACGGCGGCGACAACUGGGUCUUCAACCUUGUCAGUUAUGUUGACCCUAGCAUAGGAAGCACCGCCAUUGGUGGCUGCGGCGUGACUGGUGGCACUUGUGAUCUGAAGCUCGACUGCGACCAAAUGGCAGCGAACGGCUUCGGCGCACACUACUGGAUCUUGACAGCGGUUGUUGGCUUCCAUAACAAGCUCGAUGAUAACGUAAUCGGAGACAUCCUCAAGAUCGAUCGCAUUGCCGCAGACUUCUCGGCUCCCGCAAACACUGCCAACAAUCAACUGACAGUGCUGGCCAACCUGCUCAGCGCCGGCCUCUUCAUGGCCGGCAGUUUAGCAGGCGUUGUCGGCGUAGCGGCCGCUGAGAUCGGCGUAGCAGCCUCAGCAACGAGAGCGGCUGCUCUAGCUGCCCAAAGGAAUCUAAUCAGGCAAGGUGUUCGUACGGGACAGACACCCGACGCUGCCGAGUUGUCCAGACUAGCAGGGCGGAUUAAAGCGUCUGACACACUAAUACAACAAGGCGGGGACACUACAAGAGUCACAAACGCCCUCGGUGCUAGUCUUUGGACUGCCGCCUCUAGCUUUUCAAUGGUUUCGGCUUUUGCGGAAGAAAAUGGCCAAGUCGACGACGUCGUCCUCAGCGACCAAUUGUCCCUAAUGUUCGAACAGUGUCUACAACAGAUGAAAGACCUCGGAGCGCGGGCUAUGGGGAGGGGGGGCAAUUACGACGCUCUACCGACUGACCCGGACAUGGGGGACCUCCCCGAGGAUAGCUAUAUCGCAGGCUUCUUCGCGGACGGCAAGUUCUUGCUCGCCGAAUCUGCCGACGCCUUUCAAGGAAAUCUCGAUUCUACCUACUCCGUUUUCCGGUCGAAGCUUGUCGACCUAGCGCUACAGUCGGGUGGAUUGCAGGUCUUGGCUAUACAGAAUAAAUACGUGUCGGAUGAGGACGACUGCCUGAACGAAAAUCCACUGGUUGGACCUGACCCGCUGUGGAUGGACCCGCUCGCCGACGGCAAUUUCUACUGCAUGCAGCUCUUCCGCGCCAAUCACGGAGGCUUGUGCGCCCAAUUGGGAAAUGAAGGUGUUACAGGCAAUUGUGACUGGGUUCCAGCCGCCCAAGACGUCCGGGACAAACUGAGAGACGACUACGGGUUCAACUUGGAGAAUUACUACUCCGCCGCCGUCCAGUGUAACAAGGCCCACUUGGAAGACAGGAUGCCCGAUUAUGAGGCGAUGCAGAGCGACGGCGUUACGCCGGCGUGCUACUACAACAUCCCGGCGCAGUUGGCGGAGCCUACGGUGCAUUGCAACGGUGACGGCUCGCCGGAUAAGUGCUUGCACGGCUAUAAAAUGACUGACUUCUAG